UGUAGACCUGUGCAUGACAGGAAGAGCAAUGGAAGAUCCCAAAUCCAUUCAGAGGAGGUUUGAAGCGGCUGUUAAAGUGAUCCGAAGUGUACCUGAAGAUGGCUCCUAUGACCUGUCUGAUGAUAUGCUGGUUAUGUUCUACAGUUACUACAAACAAGCUACAGCAGGACCGUGUAACACCCCGAAACCCAACUCUUGGGAUCCUAUUGGUAAAGCUAAAUGGGAGGCAUGGAAAAUUUUGGGAAACAUGUCAAAGGACCAAGCCAUGGUGGAAUAUGUUCAGGAAAUACAGCAGAUAAUUGAAACCCUCCCGGUCACAGACAGGAUGGCAGAAUUAAUGGACGCUCUUGACCCAUUUUAUGAGAUGGUGGCGGAAGAUGAUGAUGAUGAAGAUGAUGCAUUCAGUAAAGCAGCACCCUUAUCCACAGGAAACACUAAUGGCGAAAAAACUGAUGAUGAUGAUGCUGCUGAGAAACUUAAAGCGGGGGAAAGUGAAAUUAAUGGGGAAAAUAAGAAAGAUGAGCUGGAGAUGGAGAAGAGGAGGAAAGACUCGAGCACAUUUGCAGCAGGGAGAGGAGGUUCAUCAGUGUUUAAUGAAAGUGAGGAGAACAGCAUGUCCUCCUCAACCGAUGACGCUCAUAGUUCUCUGAACACGGGGGAGGAAGAGGAGGAAUUGACUUAUGAUGACUCAGACGAUGAGAUGUACAGUGACUCGAUGGAAAAUCCAGCAACUCAAGAGAAGGGUUCGGGAGUUCCUAGGGUCCAUUUGGCAGAUGUGAGCGUGGCUGGGGCCCGCAUGCAACAAGGGGGAAACAGAGAGCCUCAGUGUGGGAGUCAGGAUGGAAAGCCACAGGAAGCUACACUCCCCGUCCCCCACCCACCGACACUUGGACCGGUCCGAACUGACAGAAUCUCAGCAGGCAGUGGAAGAGGUUGGGCUCGAGCUGAAAUCCUUGCUCUCAAAACUCAGCACUCUAAGUCACCAAAAAAGAGGUUGCCCUGGUGGCCUUUAAACAUGUCCCCUAUCACUGUAGCACUGACAGUUAUCUGGCCCUUUGCUGUGCACUGGCUGCUGCAGUUUUACUUACAGAAAACGAGGAGAAGGUUAAGAGUGAAGUGAAGAUUCGGUGACCAGCUGCGCAGCUCCUGAAGACUUUCAAGUGGUCUGGACGUAUCUGAUAUAUAAUACAACAGUGAAUAUUGUGAUGCCACACUGAGCCUCAGGACCUUAGUAAGGACUUGAUUAGGAUACACACUACUGUUCAGAAGCUUGGGGUCAGUAAGAAGGAAUUAAUACUUUAUUCAAAA